GUUGUUCUUUUUUUGCAAGCAUUUUUAACCUCAUCAACUAAAGGAUAAACCUUAUAAAAAUGAGCCAAAUCCUAAAUUGUAGAUUAUUUAAUAACUUUCUUAUACCUCUCAUUUGAUUCUAUACGUAAUGAAUUCUUCUAGUGAAGUUAAAACUGAAAAAUCAAUCGCAGAUAUGUCACUGUCACUGAUUAGUAAUAUUAAGAGUGGUGUAACUACUUGUAACUCUAAUGAAAGUAGAACAUCUACUUCCGGAGGUAUAUGGAAUAACUUUGUUGAUUCUUUUAAACCAGCUAUACCAGAAGAAACUUUAACCAGUAUGAAUAUUGAUGAUAAUCGAGAAUUAACCGAUAUAGAAAGAAUAAAUUAUAAUUCGGCUAAUUCAAAUUUAAAGAGAAAAUUAAAGACUAGACAUUUACAAAUGAUAAGUAUAGGAAGUUCUAUAGGUAGUGGUCUUUUAGUAGGAAGUGGAGGAGCUUUAAAAACUGGUGGUCCAGCAGGUGUAAUGAUCGGUUGGAUUGUUAUGGCCAGUUGUGUUUAUGCUACAAUGCAAGGUUUAGGAGAACUUGCUGUCACAUUCCCUAUUAGUGGAGGUUUUAAUGUUUAUGCUAGUCGUUUUCUUGAACCAGCUAUUGGAUUUGCUAUAGGAUGGAAUUAUUUCAUGCAAUUUUUUGUUUUAUUACCGUUAGAAUUAGUUGCAUGUUCAAUAACGAUUAAAUAUUGGAAUAAGGAUAUUAAUUCUGAUGUAUUUGUGAUAAUAUUCUGGCUUGCUAUUGUUUUUAUUACCUUAUUAGGGGUUAAGGGUUAUGGAGAAUCUGAAUUUAUAUUUUCUUUAAUUAAAGUCGUUGCUAUUCUUGGAUUUAUUAUCCUUGGUAUUGUUUUAAUCUGUGGUGGUGGACCAAAUCAUCACUUUGUUGGAGGUAAAAUUUGGAGAAAUCCAGGUCCAUUUGCCUAUGGGUUUAAAGGUGUGGCGACAACUUUUGUAACAGCUGCAUUCAGUUACGGAGGAACUGAAAUGAUUGGAUUAACUGCUGCUGAAACAGCAAAUCCAAGAAAGACUCUUCCAAAGGCAAUUAAACAAGUAUUUUGGAGAAUUGCAUUAUUUUAUAUUAUUUCAUUAACUUUAGUUUGUACUUUAGUUGCUUACAAUGAUGAUAGACUUAUUGGAGCUUCAUCUGUUGAUGCUACUGCUUCUCCAUUUGUUAUUGCUAUUGUUAAUGGUGGUAUUAAAGGAUUACCUAGUGUUAUGAAUGCUGUCAUCUUGGUGGCAGUUUUAUCUGUCGGUAAUGCAUCAGUUUAUGCUACUUCAAGAUCUUUAAAUUCAUUAUCUGAACAAGGAAUGGCUCCUAAAUGGACAGGGUAUGUUGAUAGGGCUGGAAGACCACUUGCAGCCAUUGCAAUUACUAAUAUCUUUGGUCUUUUUGCUUUAAUUGCUUCAAGUAAUCAACAAGUAAAUGCUUUCAAUUGGUUAUUAGCUUUAUCCGGUCUUAGUUCUGUCUUUACAUGGUUAGCAAUCAAUUGUAGUCAUAUAAGAUUUAGAAGAGCAAUGAAAGUACAAGGAAGAUCAUUAAAUGAAUUACCUUAUGUUGCCCAAAGUGGAGUAUGGGGAUCAUACUAUGGAGCUAUUUUAAAUGUCUUGGUUUUGAUUGCUCAAUUCUGGAUAGCUCUUUUUCCAAUUGAUACUCCUCCAAAUGCAAAUGAUUUCUUUUUGUCUUAUUUGGGUUUUCCAGUUCUUUUAGCUUCCUGGUUAUUCUAUAAACUUUGGAAGGGAGAUUGGACUUUAUUUAUCAGAGCUAAAGAUAUUGAUGUUGAUGCUGGUAGAGCUAAUGUAGAUCUUGAUUUGUUGCAACAAGAAAUGGCUGAAGAAAGAGCCAAGAUAGCUGAAAAAUCAUUCAUAAUAAGAUGCUAUAGAUUCUGGUGUUAAACAUGUGUAGUAUAUAAUUAUAAUGGAAACGAAAAAUUACGAAUAACUUUUAAUCUUCAUACUAAUGUAAAAUUGUUAAUUAAUUAUAAAGAAGGAUUACAAU